AUUUCUAGACGCGUGUGAGCGGAAUCGAAAAGGCUCAGAAACACGCGAACAAAAAAGCUAAGUUAAGUAACCUACCUAUAGUGUGAUGAUAAGCAUAUCAAAAUUUUAUCAGCAUAUUUUCAAAUUCGAAGAUAACCGGCGUACAGCCGACGCGAUAGAUUGCCCCCAAAAGGUUACGUAAACAGUAGUCCAAAAUCAGCUCGGUAGCGAAGAUGGCUCCGAAAAUUAUCGCGUUUUGUACUACAGUACUAGCAUUAUCAGCGUUGUUCCAGACGGUCGCCUCAGACAACAUCCUCUAUCUAGAAACACUAGCUACAAAAAGUCAUCACAUCUGGAGCAAGCAGAUUUACGAUCGCCUAUACGAGAAUGGACAUAAUCUCACAAUCCUUUCAUUUGAAACGGAAAAAUCUAUACCCGGUAAGACAUUUCUGGUGGUAGAAAAUUUUAUUGAAAGAGUGAUGGCUGAGUACGGUCAGGACUGGGACUACUCGGAUCUCGGAAAUCCAUUCAAAAACAUUAUGUCCAUGUAUGAUUUCUACAAUAUGGCCAGCCGAAUCUUAGCAAAGGAUGACACCGUUCGCCAGCUACUGGCUUAUCCGAAAACGUUCAAGUUUGAUUUGGUGAUUCACGAUCUCACAAUGGGACAGUUUUUGCUAGGAUUCAUUGAUUACUUCGGAAAUCCACCGCUGGUAUCCGUUUCUGCUUUCAACAUUCCCCCUCAUGUCACCACCAUGGCAGAUGCACCACUUCGAACAACUCAUAUGCCACAUUACGCAUCCAGUUAUAACCCCCAAAUGAACUUCAUCGAGCGAGUUAAGAACACACUAUACUGGGGCCUUGAUAUCUUCUACCGCAAUCACAUCUACAUGCGCAAUGAAGAUCGCCGAGCCAAACACCUGUUCGGUAAGGAUACCGCCUCAGUCAAGCAAAUUGAAAAACGAUCCGAUGUCAUACUGGUCAACAUGGAUUUCAGCAUGGAUUACUACCAAGCCUUGCCACCGAACGUCAUCCCGGUGGGAGGUUUACACGUAUCUCGCCGGGAAGAGGUAGCACCCAUUGUCAAACAGUUCAUCGCCCGUGCCGACAAGGGCGUUAUACUUCUCAGCUUUGGAACAAGCAUUGACAAUAACAUGCUGGGAGAUCAACUGAAUGAAGAUAUCUUCAACGUGUUCCGAAGCAUGCCCGACUACGGAUUCAUUUGGAAGAAUACGAAUCCGGAGAAUCUUGGAUCAAUUCCACCGAAUCUACUCGUACUGAAGUGGGUCCCUCAGUCUGCGAUUUUGUCCAACCCGAGGACUAAACUGUUCAUCAGCCACGGAGGUUUGUUGAGUUUACAGGAAGCAACCUGGCACGGAGUACCCGUUGUUGCCCUCCCGUUUUUCGUCGACCAGUUUAGCAAUGCGGAGAAACUCGUGAAAGCGGGAGUGGGGAUAAGUUUGCCAUCGAACGAAGUAAACGAAACUAAUCUUCGGGAGAGUAUCGUCCGGAUUGUCGGGGAACCCAGCUACUACGAAAAAAUGAAGGAACGCUCGUACCACUUCAAAGGGCAACCUCAACAUCCCUUGGAUCGGGCCGUAUUCUGGAUCGAGAAAGUAAUUGAAAACAAAGGGUUAGGCUAUCUUCGCUCUCCAGCGCUUGAUAUGAAUGUAUUCCGGGUCUACGGGUUGGAUAUGAUUGGAGUGGUUCUAUUGACAGUUACUAUUUAUUACCUGAUUGUUAGAAGACAUAUCGGAAAGAAAGCUCCGGUGGAUAACUCUAAAUCUAAGAAAGAUUAAGCUGGGAUAGUUUUCUGCUGCCAUUCGAUUGAAUCGAAUACUUGCAUUGAACUGUAAACUUUUUACAUCAACGAUUCAACUAAAGAUAGUAGUGUAGCAGGGAGCAGGAUAUGACCAAAUUCGUUACUAAGGAGAGGCACCAUAGAAGAUCAGAAAAUGAAAUUAUUUCAGCGCGUUGUCGCUUAUGUUAUAUUUGUACUCAAGGCGAUCAAUACACGAGAAUAAAAGACAACUUUUGGAA